AGCCCAGAUGACGUGCCCUGUGCCGCUCACCGCACGCUCCGGGAUCCUCGACAACCACAUGGAGAACUGCUUCUGUGACGUCACGUGUGGCCAGGGCAGCAGCAGCAACUACAUCUACGUCAUCACCAGAUCCGGGAUACUGUGCCAGAUCAACAAGACCAGACUCCUGGAGAGAUGGGUGGACGCCAACCUGUCGCCCGCGGGCUGCCUGACGGGUGACGAGAGUCACGUGUUCGUGGGCGGGGCCCAGGGGACAAUCCGAAUGUUCAAGGCGCUCAACCUGCAGAUUCUGAUCACCCUGCCACGCCCACAUAGCCUUGGCCUGGAUAUUGCGCGGCUUGACUGCUUGACAGCUUGA